AUGUAUCCCGGGAACCAAAGCACUGUCACGGAAUUCCUUCUUCUAGGACUCUCUUCGGAUCCUUUAGUACAAAUUGUUCUGUUCCACAUUUUCCUUGUUGUCUACAUGACCACACUGGCCGGGAAUCUCCUUCUAAUAGUGGCUGUGAGGACCGACAGACGUUUGCACACCUCCAUGUACACUUUCUUAUCCAGUCUGUCUUUCUUGGACAUCUGCUACACCUCCACCAUUGCACCCAAGUUGUUGAUGAACUUCCUUUCUUCAAACAAUACUAUUUCAUUUGCUGGCUGUGCCGUCCAGUUUUUUUUCUUCCUGUUUUUAGGAGAAACUGAAUGCAUCCUUCUGGCGUUGAUGGCCUACGACCGUUAUGUUGCCAUCUGCAACCCUCUGCGAUACAAUAUGAUCAUGAACACAACAGUUUGUUUGUGGAUGAUCGGCAUGUCAUGGCUGACUGGUUGCAUCAUUUCAUCUAUUGAUACAUAUUUUACAUUUCGCUUGACAUAUUGUGGCCCUAACACCAUCAACCACUUCUUCUGUGAGGCUCCUUCACUGAUGAAGCUCUCUUGCAGUGACAUCUUGGCAGUCAACAUCUUAAAGCUGGUGGGCACAACCAUCUUGCUUUUAAUCCCACUUUCACUGAUCCUCAUUUCAUACUUUCGAAUCAUAACCACUAUCGUGACAAUUAGUUUGGGAAAGAACAAAGCAUUUUCAACGUGUGUGUCCCACCUUGUGGUGGUGGUCAUUUUCUAUGGGACGGCAAUGUUCAUGUACGCUAAACCUGAGCAUUCAGUCACAGAAGAUGUAGACAAAAUGGUGGCCGUAUUUUACACAAUGAUAACGCCCAUGCUAAACCCUUUGAUCUAUAGCCUGAGAAAUAAAGAUGUUCUGAGAGCCACAAAGAGGCUAGUGGGAGCUAAGUAA